AUGGUGGCCGUGCGUGAAGCAGCAAAACUCAAGAUUAUCGUCGUCGGCGCCGGCAUAGGGGGUCUCGGGGCCGCAAUUUCCUUGUUACUCGCAGGGCACCAUGUACAGGUCCUCGAAGGUGCGAAAGAGCUCGGGGAGGUUGGCGCCGGCAUUCAGAUCCUCCCGAACGGUGCGCGAGUGCUUCGAUCUUGGGGCAUGGAAGAUACCUUACAGAUGAACGCGAUGGAGCCUCGCAUGUCGAACAUGAGGAACUGGAAGGGAGACCUCCUCACAUCUUGGGACUAUCUUGUUGCAGCGAAAACCUAUAGCGCCCCAUUCUGGGACUUCCACCGCGCGGAUCUUCAUCGCGCCCUGGUGGACCGUGCUCUCGAAUUGGGCGGUGAUAUUGUCUGCAACAUGACCGUAGCUGACGUCUUGUGCGAUACACCCUCAGGCCAUGCAACGGUCGUGACCAGAGGAGGUAAAACUCACACGGCGGACCUGGUCGUAGGAGCAGACGGUGUGCACAACACCUUGAGGGCUGUUUUGAGCGGGCGCGACGAACCGCCCACGCCUACGGGAGACCUUACCUACCGCUUACUCCUGGAUGCCUCAGUCAUGCUAUCGGAUCCCGAGUUGGCAGAAUUUGUCGACGAUCCCCAAGUCAACUCUUGGAUAGGGCCGGAUGCCCAUAUUGGUGAGAACCUCAUUAUUCAAUCCCAAUCCAAACCCUCAUACGUGCGCACACAUCCUCAGCGGAGUCAUGCCAAUAUCACCGACUCGUAUCGCUCUCUAGUUAAUUAUAUUCUCCGACAAGGAAGUCUCUUUAACAUGGUUCUAUGUAUGCCGGAUGACAUUCCAGACAAGGUGCGCGUGGCACAUGGAAAUAUUGAGGAGCUUAAGCACUUUUACAAGGACUGGGAUCCUCGUAUUGUCAAACUCAUCAACAUCUCCAAGGCUGCCAACAAGUGGAAGCUAUGCAUCCGGGAAGAGCUUGAUCACUGGUACCACCCUUCUGGGACCUUAGUGCUGCUUGGGGAUGCCGUACACGCUACUCUCCCGUACCUAUCUUCGGGAGCUGGCAUGACGCUGGAAGACGCUGGCGCCCUUGGCGAGUGUCUAUCCAGGAUCAAGUCCAAAUCCGGUGCCGAGAUACAACACGCCCUCGCCGUAUUCCAGGAGUGUCGCAAACGGCGCACUGAGCGCACCGUCAAACGCAGUUCGCUACAACAACACCUGCCCCACCUGCCUGACGGCCCAGAGCAGGAGCAGCGUGAUGUCUUGUUGAGAAUACCUGGGCCUGUCCGUGGAGAAGCAUUUGUCUGGAGGGAUCCGGACAUCGAGCCUUGGCUACUAGGCAAUGAUCACGUUAAAGAUGUAAGUACUCCUAGGCGAACUCUCUCAAGGCUUGCCUAG